AUGCUCUCAGAUGUUCUAAGGUCCACGGGGGCGGGCGCAGUUUUCGGUGUCGCCCUGACAAUGUCGAGGGUCUACCACCCGUCGGUCAUUAUCAGCCAGAUGCGACUGACUGAUUUUCAUAUGCUUGAAGUUUUCCUAUCAGCAUGCGCAACCAGUGCGAUUAUUAUGCUCUACUUUGAGAAAUGCGGCAUUUCAAAACGAUGUGUUCGAUCCAACUCGACUCUGAACUGGUUUUCCCACUACGACGCGAAUAUCAUUGGAGGUGCGCUCCUUGGAAUCGGGAUGAGUCUCACGGGUGCUUGUCCGGGCACGGCCAUUGUCCAGCUGGCUCAGGGAUUCCGAUCAAGCGGACCAACGAUACUUGGCCUUCUUCUAGGAGCUUCCUUUUUCCUCAAAUUCGGAAAAUUCCUGAAAGCCAAGGAAGAUCCUGAACGCAAACCCCAGCAGCCUGGCGCUCAGACAAUUGCAUCAAAGACACACGUUGGCCCUGCAGUUGUUUUCCUGACGUUCGACGCCCUUUGUUUCAGUACCAUCAUCUUGUCAAGUCUGACACUACCCGGAAGAUCCUUUGCCACUAUCCCGACAGUGCUCGGAGGCGUCCUUCUAGCCGCCGCCCAAGCAUUCUCAAUCUAUUUUACUGGCAACCCAGUCGGCGUCUCAGCGGCAUAUGAACAUGUCGGGCGAUACUUGCUGCGUGGACUCAGUUUCAAAGACAUGCCAGAACCUGCAACUUUCCCCAAAGCGAUCACUUUUGCUUUGGGAAUAUUUUGUGGAAGCCUUGUAUACACCGAACUCUUACAGCCCGAGGUGACUGUCGGGGCGCCUGCAAUUCCUGUUGCCCAGGCGCUGAUUGGCGGAUUUUCUAUGGGUUUCGGUGCAAGAUUAGCGGGAGGCUGUACGUCAGGGCACGGUCUCAGCGGUCUCUCAGCGUUGUCGUUUUCAAGCUUGAUCACGGUUCUGGCAAUUUUCGGGGCAGGCAUCAUGACUCAACUUUGCUUACCAUAG